AUGAAUAUCCAAAGAACCAUCGAUAACUCGUGUGAACUUCGCCCUACAAUCAGCACCCUUCACAUCCCAGUUUCCAGUGCCUUCAUUCCUUUCCAACAGUUCUCGCUUUCAGACGGCACCACUAUCCGAAAUCCAGCAGAUGACAAUAACAACAAAACUUUACCUGUGGUAUCUGUAGUAGCCACUGUAACUGGACUGUGUCCUGCUGUGUCGAUGGUCAGCAUGCACCAGCCCACACAGCUGGCCCAAACCUCAACUAUAAUCCCUACGGUCAUGACCCCUAUUGCUGUCCAGGCUGCCAAUUGUUUGGUGCCAACAACCAUGACCGUCUCCAACGCAGUUAACAUAAGCAACCGCUUGUCAGUACCUACAAAUCACCAACAGACCAUGACCCACUCUGAAAUCAAUAUCGGUCAUCAAACUGGAAGUAUUAUUAACAAUAACAUUAUCAAUCACAACAUUAUCACGACAAGUUGCCCCCUAGCUCCACAAGGACUAGCUGCUAUCACAUCAACUGCACCCGGCAGUGCUGCAAACAGCAACAAAUUCGGCAAGUCCCCAUCUAUCACACCUAACAACAUCGCUCCAGCUAAAUCAAGCCAGCCCAACAACACCAGCUCCUCUUCGAAAUCCUCUAACAGCCCAAAGGUGACCUCAACAACAUCUACCCAGGGCUCCAAUUCCGAGCAGACCGAUGACCUGGUGAAGCCAGUCUUCAAGGACGGAGAACUAGUCCUGGAAGUCGAAUGUGGGCAAAACAAGGCUAUCCUCUAUCUGACAAAACUAUGCCAGGGCAGUAAGGGCCCUUGCAUCAACUUCCAGAACUCUUGGCUGACCCCUAACGAAUUCCAGUUCGUGUCUGGAAGAGAGACGGCCAAGGAUUGGAAGCGAUCUAUUCGACAUCACGGGAAGAGCCUAAAACUGCUUCUAGCUAAAGGGAUUCUUAAUGUCCAUCCAACCAUGUGUGAUUGUGAUGGUUGUCGACAAGGGGCAACUCUGACCCGGAAGGGGGAAAAGAGACGGAUACCAAAUGGCGAACGGAAGAUCAAGAAACCAAGCAACAGUUGUAGCAGUGCCAGCAACUGUGCUGAAGGCAGCGGGAUCCGAUCUGGCACUGCACCCGUGGUUGCUGCACAUCUCGGUGCCGCAGGUUUCUCUCAAGUCAAACCGGAAAUGGCUCAAAUGGCUCAGUCAAACAAAGUGGUCCAAUCUUUGAACGCAGUCUUAAACAGCCAACCUUCACAAACUCAGACGAACGCUUCCUCAUCAUCGGCGGUACAACUUGCUUUUCCUCCACCAGACGUAACAUCAUCUUUGACCGUUAUUUCCGAAUUUCCUUCAUCAACGUCGACUGUGAUGGCAUCUCAACAGACAGUGUCACAGACAUCUGCCAGCACAGAUGUUUCUACAAGCAAAACACCACAGACAAUUACUGUAGCCACUCCUGUUUCGUUGCAAAAGACAUCAAAUGCUACUGUAGAAAGCACAACAGCUGGUCCAAUACCAUCAGCACCGGAACUGCACAUACAUCAUUUAACUCUGAAUCCGGCAUUGCUGCAAAUACUUAGCCCUAAUCACCCAAACGCUAAAGAGGCACAGACGCCUACACCAACAACCUGUGAUUUUACUGAGCUUCCGAAUCACUCAUCAGACAUUGGUCCUAACGAUUCAGGACUUUCUGAUGAUGAUGACGAGGACAUCAAUGUUGGCAACAACACGGAUGCCUCUUUUAAUACGGAGGGUAACUGUGACAUUCCAGAUGAAGACAGCGACGAUGAAUGCCAUUACUCAAAUAAGAUAUCGGAAGAUGACGAUGAUGACUCUAUUUGUGAUGCCCACUCCACCGAAGAGGCAUCUCCAGAAGCUAUUGCUGGUAAAGCAGACGCCUCUACACAGCAGACAGCUUACAGCAAUUCAUUCUAUUCAGGAUUGGCAGCCUGUGAACAGAAGAGCGUUCCGGACACUAGAGAUUACAUCCACAAGAUAAAUUCAAACGUGGAAGGCCAGGAACACUUCCAUGAGCUGAAGAAACACUCAGAUUUACAAGAACCUGGCUCAUUUCCUAAAACAUCAACUCCAAUUUCAAACAUUGGUGGUGUAUAUGAUUCUUCCAGACAGACAGAGGUAGUGUCCCUUUAUAAUGUAUGCCCUGCAACAGCAACAUUAUCCAUAUCAGCAGUAUCCAGUGCUUGCUCCAAGCCAUUAUCAUUAUCAAUUUCUACUUCUAAUGUAAAGUCAGAGCAUCUGUGGAUCCCGCCAACUGUAUCCUCAUCUUCUACAAAUGAAUCCACAAGUAUUCACGAGGCACAGCAGGACAGUGCCAGAAACAGCAGAUCUCCCCAAGCAGCAAAACUCAACAGGAGACACAUCACCGCGAGGAUAGGCACAUCAUAA